AUGACAGAAUUAACGAUGCUUUACCCGGCGAUUGUCACAGCACCAUCUGCAUCGACAGCCCCAGCACACAUGCCCGUAGGAAUAGGGCAUAAACUGCAACUUCAACAUCAGGAUGAUGAAUUGCUGGACGACGACGAGGAUCUCGGAUCCGUAUCUUCUGAUGGUGGACGAUCUUCCGCAACAAAUAAUGCAGUGGGUCUCAGUAACGGCAAACUUUCUGUGGAAUCUCACGUGAAGCGGCCAAUGAAUGCAUUCAUGGUUUGGUCCAGAGGGCAGCGGCGGAAAAUGGCUCAGGAUAAUCCGAAAAUGCAUAACAGUGAGAUCAGCAAACGUUUAGGAGCAGAAUGGAAGCAGCUUUGCGAUGCAGAGAAAAGGCCAUUCAUCGAUGAGGCGAAACGCCUGCGUGCGUUGCAUAUGAAAGAGCACCCGGAUUACAAGUAUCGACCGCGCAGGAAACCAAAAAGAACUCCGUUUUAUCCAUCAAUGCAUCCUUUCGAUGUGGCUGCCAAAAUCGCUGCCGAUAGUGCUGCGUUGUCAAAAGCCACGGAAUUUUCGUACUAUUCUCCGUUCUUCCAUCCCUCGGCUCCAGCAAGCACUACCGCCGGGUGA